AUGAGCUCAGAGUCAGUUAACUCCAUUGAUCUACAUGAAAAAGCAACUAAAAAACAAAUCACCAACCCCAAGACCUUAGACAAAAAAGAAAGCAGUAGCAAUAAAUAUCCUGAAGCGCACGUAGGACCUGCAUACGUUAAAAUUAAUAUUAAGAAAGAUAAUAACGAACCAAACAAAGGAAACAACCUCCUACUCGUUAAAUAGUGGAGCAGAAGAAUUAACUCCAUGUGGACGAUGGAUUGCUGAAAUUAGAUUCAAAACAGCGGAACAAGCUAAUUACUUUAUGACAGCGGAGGGCCUUAAAUUAAAAGGAAUCUAUGCAUUUAUUCCUAACUACAGAAUUGAGAGGAAAGGUUUAAUAAAAAACAUUGACCUAGAAUUCGACUUAGAAGACCUAAUUAAUAAUACUGAAACUCCCUGCAGGAUAAAAAAUGCACAACGUCUCAAUAGACGCAUCAUUAACAAGGAGACUGGGAAGGUUGAGUGGGUACCAAGCAAGACGGUUUUGCUUACCUUCGAGGGAACUGUCUUGCCGGACUCCAUUAAACUAUUUCAUAUCUACAGGGUCAAAGUGAAAUUUAUAUUGAACCCGUAAAAGUAUGUUCUAAUUGUUACAGGUUUGGCCACUCAGCCAAAGUUUGCAGGAGCGGGCCUAGAUGCAGGACAUGUGGGGCCGCUGUGAAACACAAACCUGAAAUAUGCCCUUCAGCAGAAGAUCCCACCUGCCUACACUGCAAGGACCAACACAAAACCAUGGAUCCUUCUUGUUCAGUAAUGCUACGGGAGAAAGAAGUUAACAAAAUCAAAGCCUACAACUGUAUUGGAAUCUGGGAAGCUAGGAAACUAGUUAGAGAGACACAACGCCUAACUCUCAAACCCAAUAAUAUUACGCCAACAAAAGAACAUUUUCCACCUCUUGCGCAACCCACUCAAGAAAAAGUCAUGAAAAUGAAAACCUUCGGUGGUCAAGAAAGGCCACCACCAAAAAGCAACGCAUGGAAUAAAGAGGAGAAAGAAACAAAAGCACAUUAUAAUACACAACCCACCGCCAGAACCUCACCUAAAGUCACAAAAAACAUAAAUAACAAGGAAAACGCACCUCCAAAAGAAACACUAAACAACGAAAACACUAAAAUAAUGAAGACGGCACUUGCCAACAAAGGAAAUAUCAAUGUACAUAACCCCAAAACGAUUACUACAACACCUCAAAAGAUAAUUAGAUCUAACACAUCAUCCAGCCUCAAGCAGUAUGGAUCCAGCAAAAGGAAAUAAAAUCCAGAAGAACCACAUCAGAGCUUUGUUGUGGAACUGCCGGAGCCUAU